UAACUGUUUGUACGCUUUGCUUCAACGACGAAUCUUUUAAUUUUCUAUAUAUUUUUAAAAUAAGUACUUAACAAAAAAAGCUUAAUACACAUAAAAAUAAAAAAAGUUUUUUAAAUCUUAAGAUUUGAAGAUCUCAAUAUUAUAGAUAGCACUGUCAAAUUAGUAUACAACAUAUUAAUAACGAAGCACAAAAUAAAAUUUAUAAAACUUUGGGAUUGGUAUAUUGAUUAUCGCAACAAAAAUUUAUAUAGCCAAAAAAAGGAACUUUAUUACUCACUAAAUUAAUAAUAAUUAAAAAUGAGGGAAUUUGAACUCGAAACAUGGAAUCUCUAUCAAGAAGAAAGAUCAAUUGCAGCUUCAUGCUGGCAUUGCAACGAGGGUUGGAAUAAAGGAAAGCUACUCAUAUCCCCGUGUAAAUGUACGGAUCAAUUCAUACACAUUCAUUGUCUAGAAAUAUCGGCAAAUACUGAAAACGUAAUUCACUGCCAAUUUUGUAGUGCUCGAUAUCCAUUAGAAAUAAAGCAGAAGUCAUUAUUAGAGUGUUACAGAGACAGUACAUUGCUUCAGCUGCUUCGAGAAGUUCGUGCUCCUCUUUUUAUUGUAUUAUUUUUUAUGUUCUCGUACUUGAUUUUCAUUGUCACAUUCAUUUAUUAUCUUUAUGUGAUCAUAUUAUUUGAUUAUAUGUGGCAACACAAAAUCUUUAUCUUUAUGCAUAACUUCUAUUUAUGGAGUUCCCUUUUCUACAUUUAUAACACAAUGCCCUACGUAAUUAAAUUUAGUAACAGAAUACGUGAAAUUUAUCAUCAAUGGAUUAAAAGUACUCAAGAAUUUAAACUGAUGGAACAAUAUCCAAAUAAUAUUCAAGUAAUUUCAGUGUAAAUAAAAUUAAUUAUUCUGUACAUUUAUAGGCUAUGCUACAGGUAUAUUUAUUUAUGACGUUAUUAUAAACACGAUAUAGAAAAAUCGCUUUUAUAAGAUAUAUUUUACAUUUUUGACGAUACAUUAAGAAUUCCCAAUGAGAAAUACCUAUCGAAAAAAAUGUAUUUCUGUAUUUUUCAUUGGAUUAGUUUUUUAUAUUUUUAAUAUCAAUAUAGCACAUUAUAUACAUACUGCAAAUUCAAAUUACAAGAUUUCCUUUUGUAUAAAGAAAAAUAAUAAUAAAUAUUUAAUA